AUGCAUCUACCGCAUCGAGCACCUACUAUCGUGCCUCCUCGCAAGGCAGUCUCAUCACUGAAGCCCAUCCCGGUCGACAGAUCUGCCAGAGGCGCCAACUUCUUCGACUUGUCCGCCGAGCUUCGCAACCUCAUCUACGAGCUCGCCUUCGAGGAUCUCAUCACCUCAUAUCCCAAACCCACGUCCUCGAACAGGAGAGGUCGAGCGCAAGGUCCUGGUGUUAUCAUGGCUUCCCGACAGAUCUACCAAGAAUCCAUCCUCCUCUACUACUCCACCGUGAGCCUGCACUUCGAAGUCGCCGACAAGAUGAUCAGCCUUCUGAGGAAGCUCGGCGCUAAGAAGCGCGGACUGCUGAGUACCGACGUCUACUUUGAUGCGACUUCUGAAGCUGUAGUUCAAUCGAUACGAAGGAUCGGGUCACUCAAAACCAGGGCGGUAGAGCAGAUGGCUAUACUUCAGCGUCGUAUGCGCGACUCUGGCGCGACGCUACAGCCUGGCGUGCUCAAGUUGAUCAUCAAGUGCUUGUGGGGAGGGGAGAUGAGACCUUUCGUUUGCUGGCCGGAUGAGAACGGAGAAUGGUGCUUUGAGAGGUUGACCAUCAUGGGAGGUGAUGAUUUGGGAACUGGACCAAGACACCUGGUCCAAGACAGGCACUAG